UUUGCGUUUCUCAAUACAAGCGAAAGAGGAGAGAGAGAGAAGAACAAAAGAGCUGAGGCUGGAUAGUUGAAUAUCUUUUCUUUUUUUAUCUGAAUCGCUUUUAAGUUCGUCUGUUUGCUUUAUUUUCGUCUGAUCCCAUGUCCUCCUUGCAGAAUUCGUUUGUCUUCUGUGCCACCUUCAGAUCGAUCAAAACAAACAAAACUUCUUUUUUCCUAUCUUCUUCUUCUUCUUCUCCUUCUUCCUUUUAGCAAAACAUAAAUAAAAGCGAUAGAAAGGGAUAGAAAAAGCACAGAGAGAGAGAGAGAGAGAGAGAGAGAGACUAGUUGUCAUCUCCUCGUGUAUGAGAAUGGGUACAGGUUGGAGAAGAGCCUUUUGUACUCGCGACCCAGAAUCCACCUUAUCGGAUAAGCAACAUAGAAGCCCGAGUCCAAGCCCCAGCCCCAGAAGCUGUGCUCGAUUGGGUUUUCUUUCCGGUGGUAGCAGCAACCCAUCCACUCCCCGAUUGCACCACCAACAAUCUCAACCUGUGUCUAGUCCAAGCUUGCGUUGCCGAACAAUCGCGGAAGCAGCUCCUCAAACAGUUACAGUUACCGUUAAUGACAGCCCCAGACUUCAAAGAAAAGGAACUCCGAGAGCAACCAAGUCCCCCAAAACGCUCUCAACCUCAAAUCCAACUUCUCCACGCUCCCCUCUCAAGUUGUCCCUCUUCAAGAACAGCUUCAAAUUCAGGAGUAGUUGUGGAAUCUGCUUGAACAGCGUGAAGACGGGACAGGGCACGGCCAUAUACACUGCAGAAUGUGCUCACGCUUUUCAUUUCCCGUGUAUUGCUGCACAUGUACGCAAGCAUGGUAGCCUUGUAUGCCCCGUCUGCAACGCUACCUGGAAAGACGUGCCUCUACUCGCGGCACACAAGAACCUCGGCCCAGAAUCCGCCUCGCAAAACGACGUCGCCGAGAGGAGCACCGAAAAGCCCAAUGCCAGCGAGCAACCAAAGCCCUCGGAUUCAGUCAGGUCCUACAAUGACGAUGAGCCUCUUCUUUCUCCCACCACCGGUGGCCGGAUCAUCCCCAUUCCCGAAGCCGACGAGAGUGCAGAAGACGACGACGAAGACGCCGGCGAGUUCCAGGGUUUUUUCGUCAAUCCAAAACCCACAUCCUCAACCAAGUCCUACUCCGAUGACUUGCAAACCAACGACGGAGAUUCCAGAACUGUUCAGGUGAAAUUGAUGCCGGAGUGUGCUGUCGUGUCAGUCUGCCGAAGCCACGAGACGUACGCUUUGGUUUUAAAGGUGAAGGCUCCACCUCCACCGCGAAGCAACACCACGCCACUUCUGGACCCGUUGCAGCGUGCUCCAAUAGAUCUUGUUACGGUGCUGGAUGUGGGUGGAAGCAUGACCGGCGCGAAGCUUCACAUGCUAAAGCGCGCUAUGCGUUUAGUUAUCUCAUCUCUUGGCCCCUCUGACAGACUCUCCAUCGUGGCUUUCUCUGCUACACCCAAACGGCUUUUUCCUUUGCGGAGAAUGACGGCUCAAGGUCAGCGUGUGGCUCGGCGCAUCGUUGACCGGCUCGUCACCAGUCAAGGCACAAGCGUCGGUGAUGCAUUGAGGAAAGCCACCAAAGUGCUCGAGGACCGCAGGGAGAGAAACCCCGUAGCCAGCGUCAUGCUCUUAUCCGACGGUCAAGAUGAGAACGUUCAAACCAGUAAGAAAACCAAUCAGCGGAAGUCAUCGAGCCACGUGUCUUCUACCCGGUUCGCCCACAUCGAAAUUCCGGUUCAUGCGUUUGGUUUCGGAACCAAAAGCGGUUACAGCAACGAACCGACUGAGGAUGCGUUUGCCAAGUGCGUUGGUGGGCUUCUGAGCGUGGUGGUUCAGGACUUGAGGAUUCAGCUUGGCUUUCAGUCUGAUUCGGCGCCGGCUGAGAUCAGCGCCAUUUAUUCGUGCAGUGGAAGGCCCACAGCGCUGAGCUCAGGGGCUGUGCGGCUUGGCGAUUUGUACGCCGAAGAAGAGAGGGAGCUGUUGGUGGAGCUAAGGGUUCCCACGUCAGCUUUAAGGAUAGGGACCCACCACGUGAUUACGGUACGGUGCCUUUACAAGGACCCUGCUAGCCAGGAGAUAGUAUACGGUAGGGAACAGGGUCUUAUAGUGCCGCCACCCCAGAGUGGUCGUUCUUCAGGUACCAGAAUCGAGAGGCUCAGGAAUCUGUUCAUAACCACCCGAGCCAUAGCUGAGUCAAGAAAGCUGAUCGAACACAACAAUGACUUUUCAAGCGCUCAGCAUUUGCUUUCUUCGGCUCGUGCGCUUCUGAUGCAGUCCAGUUCGGUUUCGGCUGAGGAAUAUGUUCGCGGCUUGGAGGCUGAGCUUGCAGAGCUUCAUUGGCGGAGACAGCAUGAACAGCUUCAUCUUCAGCAACAGCAGCAGCAACAAAUGAUGAUGAUGAUGCAACGGAGGAGAGGGAGUGAGAGAGAGUUGGCCCUCGUGGAUGAAAAUGGUGAGCCGCUCACGCCAACAUCGGCUUGGAGAGCAGCUGAGAAGCUGGCUAAGAUGGCCAUGAUGAAGAAGUCUUUGAAUAGAGUCAGCGACUUGCACGGCUUCGAAAACGCUAGGUUUUAAUUUAUUUAUUUUUCCUUUAAUUGUUUCUUUUAUUUAAAUAAAAAAAAAAGAAAAAAAGUAAAAAAAAAAUUGUAGAGGCGUAUUAGAGAGAGAAGAGGACAAUUAGGGAUGGGGCUUGAGAGUAGAAGGGAAUGGGGACAAUCUAGUAGCAGACGGCGCGGCCCUUUCUGCAUUGGAAGAUAACUACAGUACAGAGAAAGGGUGGGGGAUUAUAUAAUGUGGGGUAUGCCCCACCGUAAUA